UAAUUUCGCAAAAUUAACGUUAAUGCAGUAAAAAAAUUUUUGUAAAAAAUUGUGUACGGUACAUGGAAGCGAGGGAAAUCGUCGAAUAAGAAAAAAAUCAUAGCACUUGUGUAAUCUCAAUCCCACCAACGACAAGAAGUUGAAAAAUAGCACUUAUAUAUUUUUUUGUUUUGUUUUAAGUGCGUAUGAAAAUUGAGCACCUGCUGACGUGCUCUAUAUUCGGUAUUUUAAUAGUCGCGCAAGUGCGCUGAGAAAUAAACAAAACCAAGACGUCGGCCAAUCGACUAACCAGACAUCAGCGCAGACUACUUGCGAUGUGUAAUUCCAUCAACGCAGAUAGUGAACUCGGAAUGCGCGAUAAUGUCUGUAUGCUUGCACUAGGUGCACCGAGUUUGCAAAAAAGAAUCUCCAAACUGAAUUACGAUCUUAUUGAGGAAUGCAAAACCUGCACUGAAGACUCCAUUUUAUCGAAAACUUUACGGCAAAAAUUGGAACUUCAUAGCCGCCAAACACGUCGUGAGAUAGUUAAAAAAGUGCGUAAUGGCUGUGCACCACUUUUCAUCGCUUGUAAACGUGGGUGCGUUCCUAUAGCAGAGUAUUUGAUAACGGUUUGUGAAGCAGACAUAGAACAGCGCGGUCUAUACGAAGUACCGGCAGAUCGUACAUAUCAUUUCGUAACACCACUCUGGUGUGCUGUAGUGUCUGGACAAUUGCCAAUAGUUAAAUACUUAAUACGCGUAGGAUGUGAUAUAAAUGCAACAUCAGAUUCGGGUUCAACACCAGUAAGAAGCGCUUGUUUUAUGACCCAUGUUGAAAUUGUACACUAUUUAGUAGAGAACGGUGCCGAUAUCAAAAAACCAAAUAGUAAUGGUGGCACUUGUUUAAUAAAUUCUGUCCAGUCAACUGAACUAUGUUUGUAUUUAAUUCAAAAGGGCGCCGAUGUAAAUGCGAAAGAUGUACAAGAAAAGACUGCACUUCACUAUGCCAUACAAGAACACAGACUGGAAACAACAAAACUUUUACUAGAACAUGGUGCCAAUCCAUAUGCCAAAAGUCGCUACGGUGACGAUGCAUUGAGAACAGCAUGCUUAAAAGGCGCUCAUCAAAUCUUUGACUAUUUAAAAACUCAUUUAACUUAUUCCGCUGAACGACUUGCUGAAUCUCACGAAUUAAUUGGUUCGACAUUUUUAGACGAACACAAUGAAAGUCGUGUCGCAAUCUUGCAUUGGCGUUUAGCACAUCAUAUACGUGCGUCACAUUCUCCCUACAUAGAAAAACGACCAAAAGUUCCCUUACGCCAUGCUUACAACAAUGCAGUUGAGUUCACAACGUUGGAAGAGCUUGAUAACAUACACGCUGAUAUGGAUGCAAUGCGUAUACAAAGUUUAUUGAUUUGUGAACGCAUACUUGGAACAGCUCAUAAAGAUAUGCUAUUCCGUUUAACUUUUCGUGGUGCAUCCUAUGCAGACUCACUGCAACUGCAGCGUUGUAUCGAUUUGUGGCGUUUACUAUUGGAAAUACGGGUUGAACAUUCCUCUAUAUUGCAUUUUGAUACGUGCUUUGCUGCACAGGCGCUAGUACGCUUGAUGCUUGAUUUAUACGAUCGUGCAAGUCGAAAUAAUAACUCGAAUAAUCAACCAACAUCUGCGCAAAGUAGGCGAAACAAUGAACCGGAUUUUAUCGAAAAAGAAUCAUUGCCAUUAUUUAAUGAUAUACAUGCUGUGUUUAAGCUUUUAACUGGCCCAAUAAAUGAAGCGCAUGAUCUUUUACAAAUUCGUCCAGUUUUCAGGAAGCAGCAAGAAAAUUUUGAUCGUAUGCUAAAGUGUAUAGCCCAUUUGAUAUAUUUGCUCAAUUCUACAGCACGUACGGAGGAACAAAAGAAAUUCCAAUUUUGUGCUGUGCGUGAUUUGGUGAAAUUAAACGUUCGUAGUGCUUGUACAAGUGAUACGUUACUGCAUCUAUGUGUAUCUCGUUUAAAUGUUAUUAAAAGCGGUUACUUAAGUGAUGAAAACAAUGCAUCGAUUGUAUUUCCCAAUUCUGAAGUAAUAAAACUUUUACUUGACUGCGGCAUGGAUGUCAAUGCCAAAAAUGAGGCAAAAUCAACACCGUUACAUGUCGCUGCACAGCCAUAUAAUUUUAACAACGAUAUUAUUUUGCUGUUGUUGGAUAAUGGAGCUGAUUUAGACCAACCAAACAAAUCAGAUGAACGUCCUUUCAAUCUAAUAGCUAGCAAUCCCACCAACACCGUACACCUGUUAAAUUAUGUUACACUUAAGUGUCUAGCAGCCACAGUUCUGAGUAAAUAUAAGAUUCCAUAUAAGAAUGAAAUACCAAAAGUUCUAGAAGCUUUUGUUGAACAGCACGAACCCUAAAC